AGUCUCCGGAGAGAAUUUAAAUGCUUCCUUGGCUUGGUUUUCUAGUUUAUAUCUGUAAUCUUAAAUAAUUCUUCAUUCCUAACUUUCUUGUGUUACCUUUUCAUUUUGAUAACAUAUUUUUAAGCGUUGUGGAAAUGGCAUCUUUUAAGUUUAAACUUUCAAAAAUAGUGACAAAUCUGUAAAAAUUGAAUUUGUCAGACAUUUUUCUUUUUCAACAGAGCUGAUUGUUUUCAGAAGGUGUACUAGGAAUAGUUUUUCUUCCUGUCAUGGGGGAAGGGGAAGAAUUCUGGACCCUUGUACUCUGAAAUGAAUUAAACCAGUUUUGCAGCACGUUAGUUGGGAGGAUGGCUGCCGCACUCUAAGUUUACUUUCAGUGCUGUGGAUCUAUCUCCUGUGUUAUACUUGAACAAAACACGUUUUAACAAAAGAUUGCUGUCUACAUCUUUUAAUUCACCUUCUUUUCGUUGAUGGAUUUGCUUGUAUCUUCUCUUACUUAGUUUGACUUUCAGCGAUGUUUCAAAUUCUUGAUAAAAUACCAAUAGAGCUAAGUGUUUUUCUUUACUUGCUGAGAGUGUCUUCUUAUUGCGAUAAGUUGGCGAUUGGGAUGCAGAGAUGUUUAGGGCAGGCUAAUAUCGAUGGUGGAAAAGGUAUUGAAGAUGAGCGUGGGACAGGCCGAGCACUUGCUGCGAGCAGGAGGCCUUCAGCCAUGGGGCAGCUCGUCUUCACCUGCAUGCUUGCUGCCUGCUGCCAGAGCAGGGAGCAGGUGUGUUAGCAACGCUCACCUCUGCUGAGCUGCUGCUGGUGUGUGACCAGGAGCCCAGUCCUUAAAUCUAGCAUGAGGCUUUUACUUGCUGCAUGGAUGCCCCAGAGAUCUGAAUGCUUGGUUCUCAAGGUUCACGGUAAUAACUCCCUGACCCGUAUCUUCCAGAUAAUCGUUAUGUACCUUCAGGUGUUAGAGUGUGAGCGUAACCAACACCUGGUCCAGACGUCAUGGUGAGUUGAUUUUCUUUGUUGUUUGGGACCAGCAAGGGCAGUGGCAGACUGUGUUCGUUUGAGGCCCUUUGGGCAGUGGGUAGUCAGGCUCAUGGCUGUGGGCUGGAGUUGUCUGGAGUGCCCAGUGUUACUGCUGUGUAAAUUCCAGUCAGCUUCCCAAAAUGCAGGCACUGGCUUAACGGUAAGGUGGCCUCUAUCUACCCUUUCCCCCGUGGCCCAUCAGGGAUCUUCCCCAGGGAAAGUGAAGGCCUCGGGUACCAAAGCAGACUUGGUGGCCUCACUCUACUGUGAAGUGUCUUCUUACUGGUUCCCUGUGAGAAAUCUGGGUGGAAGAGAGGUAUAAGACUCCCCUAUAGCUCCCGGACUGGUCAUAACAAUGCAUAUGCUAGAAUUGAAGCCCGGAGUAACAGCUUAGUGUUUGGGGUGCCCUGGUGAAUUUUUCUAUGGAGCUAAGUCUAUAAGGGUCAUAUUUUUGCUGACUGAAAUGUCUGGUGCUAUGGUGUUUAAUAGAGAACCUAUUUUGACUUUUCUUUUCUGUACUCUUUCAAUCGAAGGGUAGCCUCUGAGGGUAAGUGACUAAGACUUCUCCUCUGCUGUCCAAGCGCUUUGGUGCAGGACAGCGGCCGUCUUCAGCCAAUCCAAUGCAGGCUCUCCACAGAAGGCUGGCUCUAGACCGGUGGUAUGCCAACGAUAGUAUAGUAAUGGCCGGUGCUGCGUGUGGUUCUCUGGGACUGUGCUUCUUGUUCAUUCUCUGUUCUGCCUUAAUAAUGUACUGAUUAGAGUUGGUAACUGUCUCAACUUGAAUUUUGUCGCUUUAAAACUGCUGUACCUGUACAAUAAAGAUGCAACACCUUUUUCUUUAAAAGUCCUGUGGAAGGCGGUAAGAGUGGAGGUGACAAAUUGGCCAUUGGGGACUCAGACGGGCAGUGUGAGGUCGUGGCAUUAUUUCUAAAUGCCCUCAAGCCGUUCUUAGCAGCUGAGCAUUGACAUGUUCUAGUAAAAGGAACUACAUGAACGACAGCCUUCGCACAGACGUGUUCGUGAGGUUCCAGCCUGAGAGCAUCGCCUGUGCCUGCAUUUACCUCGCUGCCCGCACACUCGAGAUUCCUCUGCCUAAUCGUCCCCACUGGUUUCUUUUGUUUGGAGCAACUGAAGAAGAAAUCCAAGAGAUUUGCUUAAAAAUCCUGCAGCUGUAUACUCGGAAAAAGGUUGAUCUGACACACCUGGAAAGUGAAGUGGAAAAGAGAAAGCAUGCCAUUGAGGAGGCAAAGGCACAGGCGAAGGGCCUGCUUGCUGGUGGCACGCAGGUUCUGGACGGCACAUCUGGGUUCUCACCCGCCCCAAAGCUUGUAGAAUCCCCCAAAGAAGGCAAAGGGAAUAAGCCCUCUCCGCUGUCUGUGAAGAACACCAAGAGGAAAGCAGAGGCCUCGAAGAAAGCAAAGGCUGAUAGCCCAGUGAACGGCUUGCCAAAGGGGAGAGAGAGCCAGAGCCGGAGUCGUGAGCAGAGCCCCUCGAGAUCCCGGUCAGGGUCCGUCUCCCCAAAGAGAAGGAAAAGUGACAGUGGAUCAACGUCCAGUGGGUCCAAGUCCCAGAGCCGCUCACGGAGCCGCAGUGACUCACCCCCGAGGCAGGUGCGCCAUGGUGCCCCAUACAAAGGCUCCAAGGUGAGGAGCUACACCAAGUCCAGGGACUGCAAGUACCCCACGCAGAAGCCUCCAAAGUCCCGGAGCCGGAGCUCGUCUCGCUCUCGAAGCCACUCGCAGGAGCGGGCAGAGAAUCCUGGGAAAUACAAGAAGAAAAGUCAUUACUACCGAGAUGAGAGACGGGAGCGUUCUCGGUCAUAUGAGCGGACGGGCCGCCGCUACGAGCGGGACCACCCCGGGCACAGCAGGCACCGCAGGUGAGCGCGGGCCCUGCGGCGGCUGCUGGACAGCCACUUCUCAGGGCAUGGAGUUCUGCCCUGCCCAAGCCCUCCUGCCACUCACCUUGUGACUUCUGCGUGGCUCCCUUUGGGAAUGCUACUGACUCUUUGGACCUUGUUAUGAAUUUGAAGGUGGAAUUGAGAGGGCAGUGAGGUGCCCCUCAGGUGGCCGGCCUGUGCACCUGCCCACGACUCUGCGCCUGGGUUCAAGGCGCAUACCCUUCUGAGCACGGGGCACCCCCAGCCUACCGGCUGCUGGAAGGAACAGAGGCGUGCAUGGUGAUGGUGGUGGAGCUCGGUGCUAAAGACAAGCUGUCUCCUCUCCCCCAUAUAGAUGCCCAAUUACGUUAAACCAAGAAGAAUGAUUUUUAGAAUCUCUGCCUAUAUUAGGUUGUACUUAUGUACAUAUUUUCCGUGUUUAACAGUACAAAAUGAGAAAAUGGCCUUAAUAGCCCCUUAUUCUCUGUCAGUGUUGUAAAUAAACGUGUUUAAUACAGGUGAAAGCUGUAUAUGAAAACUCAAUUGGAUUCUGUCAGCUUGAAACUUGUGUAGAGAACUUUGGUUUUUAAAAUGUGAAGGCAUUUCGAUCUGUGUUGAAAGUCGUAUAUUUUUAUCUGUGCAAUGCUGCGUGCAGGUCACCAGCCCCUAAAUAGAGAAAUUUCCUAUAUAUGCAUUUUAUGUGGUUAAAUAAACAAUUCUGUCUACUCAGGAUCUUUGGAACGUUGAAGGGUUUGUAGUUUGUCCAUUUGCUUGCUUGUUAUGACAGUGGUGGCGUGCACAGCUGGCGCUAUCCGUUGUAGUGAUAACGUCCGUGCUGUCACCGCCCCUUCUCAUUAAAGUGUUGGCUUU